CCCAUCCUGAUGUCGGACGUGAAGUGUCGCGGUGACGAGAAAUCUCUGAUCAACUGUCAGCACACAACGACCUCCACAACCUCCUGGUGCGACUACUACGCCCCUCGCGCCGGCGUCCUGUGCUACAACGACACCAACGGCAUUUCUUAUCGCCUAGUCGGAGACACUGACACCAGUCGAGGACGAGUAGAGAUGCAGUAUGGCGGAGUGUGGGGCUUAGUCUGUGUACAGGAUGUCCUUUCUCGGGCAGGUGGACCAGCCUGCAGAAGUCUCGGAUACGGGGGAGGUUUGGUCGCGUCCCCAUACAGUUAUCACAAACCUACGUCUAGCGGGCAGCACCACUAACAGCUCGGGACGUGUGGAGGUUUUUCUCCAGGGACCUGACCAGUGGGGUACCGUCUGCGACUACGGCUGGGAUGAUUUCGAUGCGAUUGUCGUCUGUCACCAGCUCGGUUACGCUACUGGAAAGGCAGUCAAAAACGCCGCGUUCGGUGAGGGUCAGGGCAGGAUCUGGCUGGACAUGGUGAGCUGCCUGGGAAUGGAGAGGCGGCUACAGGACUGUGCCUUCAUGGGCUUUGGGGACAAUUACUGUUUCCAUUACAACGAUGCAGGCGUCAUCUGCUCCGGGGUUUAUGUUCUUCCAACUAGUGUGACCAACACCGUGACCAGCAUUGUGACGUACACUACAGUCGGGCGGGAGUCUCCAGAGACGUCAUCAGUCCACGACUCCACACAGUCACAGCUGACACAGACACACUCAGGCUCCUAUACAGCGGCUAUUGUCGUGCCUGUCCUUAUUGUCGUCAUCGUCAUAGCUAUCGCCGUCGCCGUCAUUAUCUAUCGCAGACGGGGGGGAAUGAACGUUGAGCAACUGGUCAAUGAAGAGGAAACAAGGCCUGGUUUGUUGUCGUUUGGAGCAGGCGGCUUUAUCAGUCACGUUCGCGACAAGCUCAAAAGGAAGAACGGUCGAGGGGAUGUACACCGAGGCACCGACGUUUCUGAGAAUGUUGUUUACUAUGACCCUGGUUUGAGCAAUCCGGUUUAUGACAUUACUGUUUUACCCGAUAAAUCCGCAGAAGAUGAUGUGUAGUACCAGAGAGGGGAUCGAAGAUGUCAUUCAAUCCAGCAAUGCCGUGAGCUUGGAUGGGGGACACCACAGAGGUUGGUUUCCUUCAACUCCUUACCAACUUUCGCAAUGUCUUCCUGACUGAACGCCAACAGCGAAUAAAUGCUCGCAUUAACAAGACAAUGCUCCACUUAAACAUAUUGCAGAGCGAAAAAGAUACAUGUCAUCUUAAAGGUUUAAGUCUUCGAUGAAGCCUGUGAUGACCCUCUUUAAGCAGAAUCUAUUUUCCUUUAAAACAUUUCUUGUCAACCAGACUAGUUUUUACUGAAUAUAUUUCUAAGUGAUGUAAAUUCAGUGUAAAAUGCUGAUCUCAAUCAAUGCCGUUCUUCCAGCUUUGUGGAUGCUUCCACGUGGAUAAGGUAAUCAUGAAGCUCCCUGUUGUUACUCUCAGCUCUUGUUCUUGUUAUGUUUAUUCCUCUUUCUGUUUUCCGUAUUUGAUUUUAUUCUUCGUUUAGUACGGUUGUUGAUUCUUUUAUAGUUUAUAUGUUAUUUGUUUGUUUUCUUGUCCCUCGUAUGAUGUCCAUGUUUCGUUCUUGUUCUUAUUCUCUAAGAGCAUGCUCUUUAGGAGUGUGAGUAUGCGCUUUACAAGUUUUACAUUUGUUGCUAUUAUUAUUAUCGUCCAGUGGGAUCGAAGUCAUGUCCUUUUCUGUCUGUUGAUUUAUAUGUGUGUGCAAAUAACAAACUGUUAAUAACUAUUUUUUCUAAUGCAGGUUAUCAGUUAUUAAUUAAUUACUUCAUUACGUUGUAUCAUCUUUAUCAUAUUGAUAACUAUGACAGCCUCAACGUUUAUACUCAAUUUCUAUUUCAGUGCCUAGAAUAUUUGUUUACAAGUGCUUACAAAUAGCUAAAAUAUACGUAUCUUUAUAUCAUUAAUAUAGAAAUUUUUCAUUAAAGAUAUUUUACACGAAACAAGCUUUUCUGGGCUAUACCUUUAAAUAAAAUAUUGCUUUUCUAAGUCAGUGUCAACUGCAAUUCUUCGUAAUUGUAAAAGCUUCAUUUUAGAAAUGUUAUUUAUUUCUCAUUAUAUUAGGAUUAGGAUGUGUGAAUCACCUGUAUUGUAGUUAAUACGAUUUUCAAAAUCACAUUACUUAAUGUGGCAUACAAAAUUGGUUCCUCGUCAAAUAAAAAGGUAUUUCCCAAAAUAAUGCACACAUAUCAGAAAGGGUUCAUAUAAGGCAGAUACAUUGGGGACAAUCUACAUCUAAUAUACUACCUCCUAAUGUACACAAACUGUAAAAGAAUAACUGGUUUACUAUUACUUAUGGACUUUGAGCAAGAACUCAAGAACAUAUCUGGAGAUUUAUUAAUAAAGUAU